AUGUCACAAGCAUCAGCCACCGACGACGCCGAGGAUGAACGCACCCACAAUGACGAGCAGCUUCUCCCGCAAAAGGAUGUCGUACAACCCAUCGAGGAGGAGAAUAUCAAUGUUGAACCUUUGGCAGAGCUGCCAUCAGGGAUCUCAAAUGCUGGACCUUCACGGCCGUCAGGACUUCUGGUACAGCAAAAUACAUCCAAUGUUUCAUUAGUCAGUGAUUUAGCAACCGAGGCGAAAAAGGUCGUGCCAGAGAAGGAUGACAUCAGGAAACCGGCGGGAAAAAGGUUUUUGUAG